UACAACUGGCGCACAAAUAAUGGUGCUAAGUUUGUCGUUGGUGGGAAAAUAGAGCGCAUCAUACUUGUAUAUAGUGACCGCUCGAUACCUACAGCAUCCUGGGAUGCUCUGCAGAAACUCAUGAAGAGUAGAGGAAUUCAGUUCGGGAAAAUGGAGCCUAUGAUAAUCAAGUAUUCAAACAGCUUGGAAAUGGAAAGUCAACUGACAGAAAUUUUCAAAAAGGUGAAGAGUGACAAGGAAAAGCUCAAGAAGUCUGCCUUCAUCAUCUUCAUUGAUCCGCUUGAGGACAAAUCACAUGAUUUCCUGAAGCUCCAGGAAAGAAGAUACCUAAUACCUACGCAACACAUGACAGUAGAAAUUGCGCACGCCCUUUCAACGAAGCCACAAUGCUGUGCAAAUUUUGUUUCGAAGAUGAAUCUCAAACUCGGUGGCAUGAACUACGAAGUUGUGCCGGAGAGUUUUGCGCAAAACAUAUGGAUUUCAAAACGCAAAACCCUGAUUGUUGGUUAUGAUGUUGCUCAUCCAGGAAAACCUAGUCGUGAUGAAGUCAUGAACAAGAUCCCUCCGGAGAAGCCUAGUGUUGUAGGGUUCUCGUUCAAUGGAGCUGUGCACUGUGAAAAGUUCAUCGGUGACUAUCACUUCCAAACACCACGUCGAGAACAAGUGGAUGCUCAUGUGCUGAACGUUCGAUUCAAAUGGAUGCUCGGAUUGUUCAUUAAGAAUCGGAAGACGUGGCCUGAAAGUGUUGUUAUCACUCGGGAUGGUGUGUCAGAAGGCCAAUAUAGGAUGGUGAUUGACGAAGAACUCCAUGCCAUGAAGCAGGCUUGUGAGGAGUUUGCUAAGCUCAAUGGUAGAGAUUCAUGGGUCCCACGUUUCACUGUGGCUAUAACAACGAAACGCCAUAGUGCACGUUUCUUUGCUAAAGAUAAUGGUAGUAUUACGAACCCAAAACCAGGAACUGUGGUCGAUACAGAAGUGGUUCGUAAUGAUAUCACCGAGUUUUACAUGCAGAGUCAUCAUCCUGUUCAGGUAUAA